AAACACCCUUUCUUCCAACACAACAAUUUCAGGUACCCUAGCUCCGCCUCGUUCGAUUCCCGCCGCAACGCCCUUCCCGUCCGGCCAAUCCUGUUCGAGGCUCCGCCCAAAACUGAUAUCACGUUGAUAAUCAAAAGCAAAUGGCAACGUUAUUGUUGCAGUUACAGAGAGUCAUAAGAAGCGAAAGUGUUAAUUUGAUCUCCACACUCCCGCAUUCUUCAUCUUACUCUUCUUCUAGAUCUUUCUCCAAAUCAUCACCCUACGUUGUCAAGGUGGGAAUUCCAGAAUUUCUAAACGGAAUUGGAAGCGGAGUCGAAUCUCAUGUCGCUAAGCUCGAUUCAGAAAUUGGUGACUUCCAGAAGCUUCUUGUUACUCGAACCCUCAAACUCAAGAAACUCGGUAUUCCUUGCAAACAUAGGAAGCUAAUAUUGAAACAUGCACACAAGUACAGGCUGGGAUUAUGGAGGCCACGUGCUGAACAGGUCAAAGCGUGAUUAGUUUCUAUGUAGUAAGUAGCCUUUCGUUGUGAAAUCAUAGAAAAAUGUUUAACCAUUGCGGAGUGACAGUGCUUGACUUUGCAUGAAAAGAUGAAGUUAUUGGCUCUGGAUACCUCCCACCCUUAUUUGUCACAUUGAUGUUUGCUAUUUGCACCAGUCAAGUACAAUGAACUAAUCUGAAUUGACUGCUUGUGAUUGUUAUGUCCAAUAAUUUCACUGCAUUUUGUGUUGUAUCAGUUGUUUCUAGCAAAAGAGAAUUAACUUUGGGCUUA